CCAGUUAAGGAAGAACUCGGCCCAACUGUUUCCAGCGUUUAAAGUCACUGACGUGUGGCCCCGAAUUAGCAGGGGGGACGACAUUUUGCCUUUGCGUCUCUUGCAGAGAAAGGAGGAGAGCAGUGCAGCGGAGAUCAGAUCACGAGACGAGAUGGCGGCGUCCUCCUCCUCCCCGGCGGCGGCGGCGGUUGGGCGAGCGGUGGAGGAGGUGCGUUCGGCGCUGAACGAGCACGCUGACGUGGUAGCCGAGCUCUUCGGCCGCGUCUCCACCGAGCUCCGCGGCGGAUUCGGCCCCGCCGUCGACUCCUUCGUCGGCUUCUUCCACGCCGUCGACUGGAAGGAACCUUGGUUGAUCGGCAUGAUAAGUUUCCAUGCCAUUCUGCUACUGGUAACCAUCAUCUCCAGGAGGAACAUCAAUUUCCAACUUAUUUUGUCAGCCUUCACAUUUUCUGGUGUAUUCCUUGCGGAGAAACUAAACACAUUCUUAGGACAAAACUGGAAGAGCUUCUCAAGCCAGAAUUACUUUGAUCCCCAAGGCCUCUUCAUCUCGGUCAUGUGGUCUGGUCCCCUGCUCCUGAUUACGAUACUUAUUCUGGUGAACACCCUUGUGACGCUCUGCAUGCUGAUGGUAAGGUGGAAAAGGGCCGAGCUCAAGCACCGCGCUCGUGAGGCCCGUAGCAAGCAGGAAUGAUGAUGCUGCCAUGCCCGCGGAUCUGUUGUGCGGUAGGAGAUUAAGCUGCUGAUCUAACGGAGAAAUUUGAUUGGAACAGUAAAGUGGAAGGUUAAUUAGUCCUUGAUUUUGAUUGAUGGUCUCACUUAUGGUCUCUGGUACUGAAGCACACGGUUUUACACAUGCAUUAGCUGAUGUUCGCCAAAUUAAGGCAUAUGUUUGUGUAGGGAGCUCUGAAUGUUAUUUGGAUAGCUGCAGGAGUCAAGUGCCGUUGUAUAUGCAUAUUCAUUGUUAUGACUUGCCUCUCAAAUACCUCGGUUUCAUUUGUUC